AUGAAGCUUCUACAAAUCCAUUUACUCCGUUCACUCUUCGCCAUUGCGUUACUCUUGCUGCUGCUCGAUUGCUGUGAAGGUUUCGUCAAAAGCAUACGAGCCAGAACCAUUCGACCGAAUCUUUCGUGUCAAGAUGCUGCCUCGACCACAUCGAUAUCACCGUCAUGGUCUGGCACGACAACGAGAAGAAGAACCAGGUCCAUCUCUAAUACCGGCGGUCUCUCCAUGAUGAACAACAACAAUCAAGCAGAAAUCCAAGGAUCCGAUCGAAUUGUGUCCUGUAUCCCCUACCUGUUGCCCCUCAUGGAUGGCGAUCGCUACGGGCGAUUCCUCUUUACCCUCCUCCCUCCCUUGGGCAUGGCGGAUACCCUCUUACUGGGUCCAUUCAAGUUCAUCUACUUUAGCAUUCCAUUUGCGCAAUUCUUGGCGUUCAUUGGACUCUCCUUUCUAUCGAGAAACCCCGAAAUACCACGGCCGAUUCGAUUCAACAUGCAACAAGCUCUGGUGCUGGAUAUUUUAUUAAUCUUUCCAUCGCUACUGGGAAGACUGCCCUUUGCCAUGCCUCGGGUAUUGGUCGAGUCGGGAUCCAACUUUAUCUUUUAUGCAUUGGUGGCGUGUGUGGGCUAUGCCCUGGUUUCCAAUCUAUCCGGCAAGCUUCCCAAUCAAAUUCCCGUGGUAUCGGAAGCCAGUGAACUACAAAUUGGGCCAUUCUAG